CGGCAGUCGACACAGCGCGGUCGGCUCACCACCAUGCCCGACGAAGAGCCCCCUUUGCCGCCUCCUUCACCCGUCCCGCCGCGCUUUGGGCCAUCGCGCCUACGCCGCACGUUGCACUCGCUUCGUUCACCGUUCCGCCCCGGUUCGCCCUUCCACAUCGGCUCUAUCAAACGCACAGGCUCCAGCAAGUCCGUCGCCUCAGACGGUGAGAUCACGCGCGACGAACGCACGAUGCGUAAACGCAAUAAAAAACAACGCGAAGCGGCCGCCGAGUCCUCUCGUAGCACUGGGAGCUCGCCCGGCGACGACAAACAGAAAAAGGAAGCCGGAGGUAGUCUUCUCAAACGUAUGGGUAGUAUUGGUAAAAAACGCAACGAAACUCCCGCAGUAUCAGCUUCUCAACCAGAAACGUCACAGUCCGUCGAGAGCGUUCCAACUCCCUCUAACGAAUUAGCGCGACCGACCCCUGAACCAGUGAGCCCCAUCGCCGUCGAACAUGCCGUCGCUACGAGACCUUUUACGAAAGCUGCUUGGAAACGCAACAGUGUACCCGAAAUGGAAAAACCCGUGGAAGAACCGAGUCCGGAAAACGCGCUACGGAGACGAGUAGCGUUUGUUAGUCAGGCUUCCGUUGGCGGUUCGGAAGAUCGCGAUGAUGACAGGGAGAGGGGAGGGACGGAAGUGGGGUCGUUGGAAGAGGCGGUGGCGCUAGCACGCGUGAAGCUGGCCGUGGCCACACCGCCCUCGUCGUCACAGUCGCGCGACAACGACACUGAAGAGGAGGGGCACUCGGACACGAUGCCUGCCUACGGAGACCUGAUCGAGCCGGAGAACAAAGCCGGGAACGAUGCUACGACGUCACACGCAUCGGCUAGUGCUGAACGCCGGGAGCAUUUAUAUAAGAUCCUGGUCAUCGGCGAAUUGGGUACAGGGAAGACUUCCAUCAUCAAACGAUAUGUCCACCAGUUCUUCAGUCAACACUAUAGAGCAACCAUCGGCGUGGAUUUCGCACUGAAAGUACUGAAUUGGGACUCAAAUACUAUAAUAAGAUUGCAGCUAUGGGAUAUAGCAGGACAAGAGCGCUUCGGGAACAUGACGCGUGUUUAUUACAAGGAAGCAGUGGGCGCGUUUAUAGUAUUCGACGUUUCCAGAGUGGCCACGUUCGACGCUGUCGUCAAGUGGAAAAAUGACUUGGAUGCGAAAGUUCAGUUGCCCGAUGGAUCGGCCAUACCUUGUAUACUGCUCGCUAAUAAGUGCGAUCAACAGAAGGAAGGUAUAGUCAACAGUCCCGCCAAAAUGGACGAGUACUGUCGCGAGAAAGGUUUCGCGGGCUGGUUCGAGACAUCCGCCAAAGAGAACAUCAAUAUUGAGGAGGCAGCUCGGUCAUUAGUUAAUAAGAUUCUAUUAAACGACAAGCUUCUUCAGAAUAAUGACACCAGGGACGGUGAUAAAUUCGUGAUUGAUCACAAAAUAGCUAACGGCGACAGCAGAGAUGGCGCGAAUAAGGCAUGCGGUUGCUGACCAAUCUGAGCGCGUCUGCAAACAAUGAAGGACCAAUCACGUCUGGCCAUGAUCGAAUUGCGAAUGUUGAUUCUUGUGGAGACGAAUCAUAAUGAUUUUUGAUGUUUAACAGUUGUUUUUCAUUGGAUUAAAUAAUUUUAAGACUUGAUACUUGUAUUUAUUGUCUUUUUUUUUCAAUUUCGCACUCGGGAUUGCCAUAAAGUGUUAUAAAUGUACAAAUAUUCUUGUUAUAGUUAUAAUAAAACAACUUCUGGCUUAAUUAAAUAACAGCGUAUUCUUAAAAAAAUGGUGUAUGAUUUGACUGCAACUUCAGGCCACUUUUAUUGCAUGCAUAUUAAUUACUACAUGUUUGCAAUAUUUAGUGCAUUAAAAUUUAUAAAGUUAUUGAAUUCAAUGAUUAAUAAAAUGCAUGACAUGUAUUUCAUUUGUAUAAUGUAUUUGAUUUGUAUUUUUACGAUGUUUUGUUGUUUUCAAUUGUUGUUUAGUAUCGACUAAUUACUAUUUCGAAUAUAUCAAACCAUAUGUUUGUUGUAUAAUUGUACAGUUCAACAAUGUACAGUUAGUUUCCGUAAUUUUAAUUGAUAUCUAGUUUUGAGCCUACUCUUAUUUUCUUAGAAAUAUAUAAUCUAUAAAUUUAACACUAUAAAUAAAUGAUAUUU